UGUGGCGCGCCGCUUCCGGUCUGCAGCCUUGUAGUGGGGCUGGAGCAGAGCCUGCCGCGAACCCCCGGAGCCCACGGUGAGUGUACCGUGCCAUCCCUCGAAUCCGAAUCUGCCAGCAGGAGCCUCCCACCCGCGCCUGGGACCAUGGCCACUGACUCAUGGGCCCUGGCGGUGGACGAGCAGGAAGCGGCAGCCGAGUCGGCUUGGAGAAUCUUCUGUUUUCAAUAUUCAGAAAAUUUGAGCAACUUGCAUCUUAAGGAAGAGAAAAUCAAACCAGAUGCCAAUGGUGCUGUUGUCAAGACCAAUACCAAUGCAGAGAAGACAGAUGAAGAAGAGAAAGAGGACAGAGCUGCCCAGUCCUUACUCAACAAGCUGAUCAGAAGCAACCUUGUCGAUAACACAAACCAAGUAGAAGUCCUGCAGCGGGAUCCAAACUCCCCUUUGUACUCGGUGAAGUCGUUUGAAGAGCUUCGACUCCCACAGAACCUGAUUGCACAGUCUCAGUCUGGCACUGGUAAAACAGCUGCCUUUGUCCUAGCCAUGCUCAGUCGAGUGGAGCCAGCAGACAGAUAUCCCCAGUGUCUGUGCCUGUCCCCAACAUAUGAGCUGGCGCUUCAAACAGGAAAAGUGAUUGAGCAGAUGGGCAAAUUUUACCCAGAACUGAAGCUUGCCUACGCUGUUCGAGGCAAUAAAUUGGAAAGAGGCCAGAAGAUCAGCGAGCAGAUUGUCAUUGGCACCCCUGGGACCGUGCUGGACUGGUGCUCCAAGCUCAAGUUCAUUGAUCCCAAGAAAAUCAAGGUGUUUGUUCUGGAUGAAGCUGACGUCAUGAUAGCCACUCAGGGCCACCAGGAUCAGAGCAUCCGCAUCCAGAGGAUGCUGCCCAGGAACUGCCAGAUGCUGCUUUUCUCUGCCACCUUUGAAGACUCUGUCUGGAAGUUUGCCCAGAAAGUGGUCCCAGACCCAAACAUUAUCAAACUGAAGCGGGAGGAAGAGACCCUGGACACCAUCAAGCAGUACUAUGUCCUGUGCAGCAGCAGAGACGAGAAGUUCCAGGCCUUGUGUAACCUCUAUGGGGCCAUCACCAUUGCUCAAGCCAUGAUCUUCUGCCAUACUCGUAAAACAGCUAGUUGGCUGGCAGCAGAGCUCUCAAAAGAAGGCCACCAGGUGGCUCUGCUGAGUGGGGAGAUGAUGGUGGAGCAGAGGGCUGCGGUGAUUGAGCGCUUCCGAGAGGGCAAAGAGAAGGUUCUGGUGACCACCAACGUGUGUGCCCGCGGCAUCGAUGUUGAACAAGUGUCUGUCGUCAUCAACUUUGAUCUUCCCGUGGACAAGGACGGGAACCCUGACAACGAGACCAACAAAUCCUUGUAUAACAUCCUGAACAGAAUCCAGGAGCAUUUUAAUAAGAAGAUAGAACGAUUGGACACAGAUGAUUUGGAUGAGAUUGAGAAAAUAGCCAACUGAGAAGCUCCACCAGCCACUGGUGCCAGCCCUGACACUGCCCCUGCACGGGAGACAAGUGCGUUCAGGGCACAGCCCCCAACAUCACCCCAAGGACAACGGCAUGAGUAGAGAGAAACUACCUACCUCACUUCAAAUUAUGUUUGGACUUGACAAAAAUGUGUGCAAAUGACAGGGGGCAGUAGAAGGAAAAAUUUGCAUUUUGGAAAAUUGGGUCCUUUCCCCACUUUUUUAAAAGCCACAUUUCCCCCAUCUUUAUAAUAAUCUGGUCACAUUGGCAGUCACUGGCCCCAAGACCCCCUUCAGAUUUUGGCUAGGCAUCGUGGAACCAGCUCCAGCCCUUGAAGAAAUGGUAGACUGCAGGUUGUGCGGAGGAGGCUGAGUGGAAAAUGGUGUGAGCCUCACCGCCAUGGAUUGAACGAGGGAAGCGGCAGCAGAGGAGGCCAGAGCUGCCCCCUCCCUGUCUCUUCACUGGACCCUUCACAUGUGUUUCUCUUGCCCUUGGGCCGUCUUGCUUCUCCUGAAAUCCAGAGACUUUCUUGCUUAUCCCUUCUCCCUUUCACUUCUGUUCUCUGCUGCAGAAAGUAGCCUUGCAUAUCCCUGAUGAGCAGCUCAGCUACUUUGUAAACUUCAGAUUUGGAGAGAAACAUGGAAGUGAGUGAAUCCUGACCUCUUGAGAGAGAGUGACCUGGCAAGGGCCGAUGAAGGGGCUGGGCCUGGGCUUGACUUCUCUUCCUUCUCUCAGUUGCUCCCUCUGCUUAGGCCCCUGGUACUCAGUUGCGGCAGCCGGGAGACCCCAGGUGAGUUUGUGAGCACACACGUAGUUGGUUCUUACCCCCGGGUGUCACACUGGGCCGGGAGCUGAGCAAGAGUUUGGAACGGAAGUUAUGACCAAGGGAAUACUCUGAUUAUGCUGCUCAUUUAUAAUAGUGGACAUUAUGAAGAGCUCUGAUUCCUACAUAAUAUGAAUAAGGAUGAAUAGGCCGGGCAUGGUGGCUCAUGCCUGUAAUCCCAGCACUUUGGGAGGCUGAGGCGGGUGGAUCGGUUGAGCUCAGGAGUUCGGGACCAGCCUGGCCAACAUGAUGAAACCCCGUCUCUACCAAAGAUAGAAAAAAUGUAGCUGGGCGUGGUGGCGCACGCCUGUAGUCCCAGCUACUCGGGAGGCUGAGGUAGGAGGAUCGCUGAAGCCUGGGUAGAGGCUGCUGUGAGCUGAGAUGGCGCCACUGCACUCCAGCCUGGGUAACAGAGUGAGACCCUGACUCAAUAAAUAAAUAAGGAUGGAUAAAUUAUAGCUGUAUGCAUCAUUCAUUAUGCUAAGACAUUUUAAAGUAAUUAUGAGAAAUGCUCUACUAAUCAUGAUUUGUUUUUAUUUGUAUUUUUCCGCUUAUUAGACAAAUAUAUACUCAUUUUAAAAAGG